AGGCAACAACUUACUAACACAAUCGAAGUCUCUCAGGCAAGCCUUCUUCUUCAAUCUUCAUCUUCCAAUCUCCAAACUGAAUAUCGUGAGCUCUAGCGUCUCCAAUGGAAGGGAAGGUUUUACAAAACUUUAAUGUAGUACAGAGCUGCUACCUACAAAAUAAGCAGUUUAAGACACGAUUCCAAAGCCAAACCUCUGCUUUACUUCCCUGUCCAAGAGGGAAGCUUUCAUUGCACCUCAGUUCUUCCAUGCGUUCCCACACUUUCUCUAAAUACCACUCUGCUAUUUCAAAGCAAACUACUUUUUACUGCAAUGCUGCUACGUCAAGUGCUACUGCGCCGUCUCUUGACAAAAUUGACUUUCUGAAGCUUCAGAACGGCAGUGAUAUUCGGGGUGUAGCGGUCCCUGGGGUUGAGGGGGAACCUGUAAGCCUUCCUGAACCAGUUUCUGAAGCCAUAGCUGCUGCUUUUGGACAAUGGCUGCAACACAAGAAGAAGGCUGAAUCCCGACGUUUGCGAGUAUCUAUUGGCCAUGACUCUCGCAUAUCUGCACAAACCUUGUUGGAGGCGGUUUCUCGAGGUCUUGGUGUUUCUGGAUUAGAUGUUGUUCAAUUCGGACUAGCAUCAACACCAGCAAUGUUUAAUAGUACAUUGACUGAAGAUGAAUCGUUCUUGUGCCCAGCUGAUGGAGCUAUCAUGAUAACAGCAAGCCAUCUUCCUUACAACAGGAACGGUUUCAAGUUCUUUACCAGUGAUGGAGGGCUUGGGAAGGUAGAUAUCAAAAACAUUUUAGAGCGAGCUGCAGAUAUUUAUAAGAAAGUUUCUGAUGAAAACCUGAAGAAAUCACAAAAAGAAACUUCUAUUAAAAAGGUUGACUACAUGUCAGUAUAUACAUCUGGUCUUGUAAAGGCAGUUCGGAGAGCAGCAGGAGAUUUAGAGAAGCCUCUAGAGGGAUUCCAUAUAGUUGUUGAUGCUGGAAAUGGAGCUGGAGGAUUUUUUGCUGCGAAGGUGCUUGAGCCUUUAGGAGCAAUUACUUCUGGCAGUCAGUUUCUGGAACCAGAUGGUAUGUUUCCAAAUCAUAUCCCUAAUCCGGAAGAUAAGUCAGCGAUGGAAGCUAUAAUCAAGGCUGUCCUUGAUAAUAAGGCUGAUUUGGGUAUCAUCUUUGAUACUGAUGUUGAUAGGUCUGCUGCUGUGGAUUCAACUGGCCGUGAGUUCAACCGUAAUCGUCUUAUUGCCUUGCUUUCGGCCAUUGUUCUAGAGGAACACCCUGGCACAACUAUUGUUACAGACAGUGUUACUUCGGAUGGUUUGACCACAUUCAUUGAAAAGAAGCUUGGCGGAAAGCAUCACAGGUUCAAAAGAGGCUACAAGAAUGUCAUUGAUGAAGCUAUUCGCUUGAACUCGAACGGAGAAGAAUCACAUCUGGCUAUAGAAACCAGUGGUCAUGGAGCUCUAAAAGAAAACCAUUGGCUCGAUGAUGGGGCGUAUCUCAUGGUAAAACUCUUGAAUAAACUGGCUGCGGCCAGAGCUGCUGGUCAAGGGAGUGGCAGCAAAGUUUUAACAGAUCUUGUUGAAGGACUGGAGGAGCCCAGAGUGGCUUUAGAGCUGAGACUUAAAAUUGACAAGAAUCAUCCCGACCUUGAAGGAAGAGAUUUCCGGGAGUAUGGAGAGAAGGUCCUGCAACACUUGUCGAACUCAAUAGAAACAAAUCCAAAUCUUAAAAGAGCUCCAGUUAACUAUGAAGGGAUCCGCGUUUCCGGCUUUGGUGGAUGGUUUCUUCUCAGACUUUCUCUCCACGAUCCUGUUCUUCCCCUUAACAUUGAGGCGCAGAGUGAGGAUGAUGCUGUGAAGUUAGGCCUUGUGGUAGAUGCAGCAGUGAAGGAGUUCAAUGCUUUGGACACCUCUGCCUUGUCCAAUCUCAUUCACUCCUGAGGUACUUGGUUUCUCUACAUUGUCCAGUAACUUCCUGGUGUUUAUUGUUGUUUUCUGGUCCAAAGAUGAAAAUCCUAUAGAGUCUUGUUUAUAAUCAAGAAUAUACCAAAUCACCUUUUGAUCUUCGAAAACCAAAUCAUUUCUCAAUCUUCCAAAUCCCCCAAGCAACAAACUAUUAACAAUCAUUGCAUUGAGGUUAUCAAUAAAGGAGUUUUGUAGCA